AUGUCGUUUACUGAUGGUCUUGAAGCAGAAGAAAUAAUAGGAUCUGAUGAGCAACCGAGCACCAUUGCUCAGCUAAUGAAAGCAAUAUAUUUUUUGGGUUCUCUUGUCAGUUUCUUGGUGGAUAACGUUCCCAUUAGAGUAUUCAAGAAUGCUGAAUCAGUUGGCGUGCCCUUCCCCAAGAGCCAACCCAUGAGGAUUUACUCUAGCCUCUGGAAUGCUGAUGACUGGGCUACAAGGGGUGGAUUAGUGAAAACAGAUUGGACAAAGGCACCCUUCACAGCAUAUUACAGGAACUUCAAUGCCAAAGCUUGUACUUGGUCUGGAGGUGCUUCAUCUUGUGCCUCUACAAGCUCAGUCUCGGGUGGUGUAUGGGAGACCAAUGAGCUCGAUGCCCCUGCCAGAAGAAGACUGAGAUGGGUUCAAAAAUAUUUCAUGAUAUACAACUAUUGCACCGAUUUAAAGCGUUUCCCUCAAGGUGUUCCUCCCGAGUGUAAACGCCCAAGGUUCUGAAACAGAGUUGGAAAGAGAAGUUGCGGUGGUCAAGUCUGACGGGGGUUUUGUAAUAUAGUUAAUGGUUGCAUAUUCUUUUAGUUCUUCCUCUAUGCAUUCAAGCUUCACUCAACUUGAUGCUUAGAGGUUAAAUAAGUUAUAUUCGUUAUUUCUGUUUCUUGUUUUGUUGGUUUUGAUCAUCUUGUGAGGUUGAAGAUGGUUGUAAAUUCUGUUUCAGUUAAUAAAAUUGCCUGUUGAGUUUUGUAAAUUAA